AUGGAGGACGACUUUGAACUAAUGAAUGUGGUCACAGUGGGAGGUAAUGCCGUGUCCGCUUUCCUUUCCUGGCGCCUUCAGGCCACGAACGCCUGCGAUGUGACUCUCGUGUGGAAAUCCGGCUUCGAACACGUCGCCCAAUACGGCAUAUCUUUCAAAUCAUCAACAUUUGGCAAUGAGCGGUUUAAGCCGCGCCAUGUCGUCAAGUCUCCAGAAGAAGCCGCGUCACGUAGAGAAGGCGCAUUCGACUAUGUCAUCCUCUGCAUCAAGGCCCUCCCCGAUGUCUACGACCUGGCCACUAUCAUUGACGCCGUCGUCACACCUCAGCACACCUGCAUUCUCGUCAACACCACCCACAGCCUAGGCGUCGAAGCCGCCAUCGAAGAACGCUUCCCAACAAAUGUCGUCCUAUCACUCGUGUCAAAGGCCGAGGUCGUCCAGCUCGGUGCCAGUGACUUUGAGCAUAAGGGCUCGACCGAGAUCUGGGUCGGCCCCACCAACAGUCUGAACGAGCGGAUUCCUCGGACCAUUCGUGAAGAUAUGGCGCAAGCCCUGGCCAUGACUCUGAGCUCCGGCCAGGUCGAUUGCAAUGUGUCACCGAAUAUCCGCCAGCAGCAAUACGAAAGGUUGAUUGGCGUCAUUUUCGAGACAGCGAACCACGCACAGCUCAUUGAGAAGGUCGGCGUGCGACAGAUGAUCAUGGGCAUUCUCGAUGAAUUGGUGGCUCUUGCCGAGUCGCAAGGCUGCAAGUUCCCCGCCGAUUUCAAGGAACAGACGAUCACCGAGAUGACAAACCCGCAGGCCUCAGAAAGCGUCAUGUGGCAGGAUUUCAUGGCGAGACGACCCAUGGAGGUGGAGACCUACCUUGGCUCUCCGAUUCGGCUUGCCCAGGAGGCUGGUAUUGCCGUUCCGCGGAUCGAGUCGCUGUAUGCCAUUAUUCACAACCUAAACGUUGUCAACCAAUCACGACCUAAGAGCGACCCUACGCGCCCUCCCGGCUCGCCCACGGCUGCUGGUAACUUGCCGCCGCGAAUGUCUGUCCAGAGUAACACCGGCCGGCCAAUGGCGAACGCUAUGCCCAAUGGUAUGCCCAACAGUAUGAACGGCAUGGGUGGCCGGCCACCGCGCGGCCGUAACCCGUCGACAGGUGGGCCCCCGGGCCGCCGCCCACCCAUCUCGAUGAACGGUGGUGGUCCCAACGGCUACGGGCGCCCUGGCCCACCGAACGGUUACCCCGGAUCACGGCAACAGUCUAGGCGUGGCUCUCUAGAAGGUGCAGACUUGGAAGAAUUCAGCCACCUGGUCCUCUACAACGAUAUCCCCGAGGGAGGUCAGGCGCCUUUCCCUCAGGACGCAGAUCUUGCCAUCCGCGAGCGCGAGCUCCAGCUCCGGCAGCGUGAACUGGCUCUUCGGGAGCAGGAGAUGAGGAUGCGCCGUGGUGGUCCCCAACCGCCACAGCAGAGACGAGCGCCUCCUUCGCGGAACGGCGGCGGUAUUGGUGUGUACGAUGAUGAGGAUGAGGAUGAUGAUUACUUCGACCCUGGUAUGAGCGGCCCGCCGAUGCCCGCUAUUGACGCCGAUAACUUCGACAUGAUGAGCGUCACCUCCCGGAAGAACCGCAAAGCGCCCAGUAGCACCAACAGCUCCCAGUUCCGCAAGAACAGCGAUCUUGGCUCCAUUCCGAGCUCUAGGAGCAGCCGUUUCCGACCCAGCUUCGUCCGGAACCGUUCAAGCCAGAUUAUUGAUCAAGUGCCUACUGCUCACUCCAACAUCUUUGACGAUCCUUUGAUGUCGUGCUCGUCCAACAGAUACGCCAACGUCGACCGUGGUCAGAUGCAAGCCGGCUCCCGGACAAAUUCGCUAACCGCAUCGCGCCUUGACGAGCUCCAGUAUAGCAACGGUCCGGGCCCGAACGGCCCGCCCAUGGGGCCCAUGGGCCACAUGGGUCCGAUGGGCUCGAUCAGCGGCGCCAGCGUUAUGGGACCGAACAUGGGCGGUCCCUAUCCGCGUCGGGCCAGCCAGUCACCCGCCAACCAGUAUAGCCCAUCUAUUCGCGGUGGCAUGAACGGUGGAUUGAAUGGCCGCCCGUCGCCCCCAAACGGUUUUGGCGGCCCGCCGAUGAACGGUCGUCCUUCGCCCCCUGACGGCAUGCGCCAGCCUGUCCCGCGGUACCCGCCCGGUCACGGCAACGCCGUAGCACCGCAACAAGUCGAGCAACACGCCGGGGUGAGCCCUCUUCAGCCGCCUUCUGGAAAAAAUGUGCGAAGUCUGACGGGAAGUGCGAGUGCUAGCGCGGGGAGUGGUGAGAGCCACCUUGACUCGGAGCCCUCCGCCAACAGCAGCCAAAGCAGUCUAGGACCGCGCCAGCCGAUUGGUGUGCGGUAA